CCGCCCCACAAAUUGGAGAGGCGUCGCCACUCUAUUGAAACGGCUGACAGGAUGGCUGGGAGGCGCCUGUCCUCUCACUUAGCCCCAUGUCCUACCCCCUCUACUUCUUUACCUUGGCCUAGGCCAGUCUAGACAGUUAGACCAACUGAGCUGCGAAGUGAGGACUUUAUUCGCGUGCUCUCAGAAAAAAACACAAGCCAUGACCUUUGUCGUGUCGAUACUCAGCCUUAUAGGCAUGUCUUCGUUUUCGUUCGCUACCGACAACUCUCUGAAUUUCGUGCCUUCCUCCGUCGGAUUCAGCUCCUCUGUACGCUCGGUGUGCAAACCUAUACCGAGCACUUUAUCCCUCUGCCACGGGAUAGGGUACAAAGAAAUGCGGAUCCCUAACUUGUUAGGCCACGAUUCUCUCAAGGAGGCACAGCAACAGUCGGCAUCCUGGCUGCCUCUUGUGUCCAAACUUUGCCAUCGAGAUACAAAGAAGUUUUUGUGCUCGCUGUUUGCGCCCGUGUGUCUACCAGAAUUGAACGGACCGCUCAGUCCCUGUCGAAGUUUAUGUGAAGCGGUGAGGGAUGGAUGUCUGCCCGUGAUGAGCGCUUUUGGAUUCCCCUGGCCAGAGAUGUUUAACUGCACACGUUUCCCACGCGGGACCAAUCUCUGUAUCCAGCCAACAGGAGAGUCGGACGCACGGACCAACGAUGAGGUCCGGCACGAAGAGGCGUCUAAAGGAACUGUUAUCUGCGAUGCCUGCAGCCUGGCGUCGGAGGGCGAGAGCGACAUCCACGACAACUUCUGCCACAGUCAGUAUGCCUUCAAGCUGCGCCUGGGCAGCAUGUCCACCGUCGGGGGAGACCGGCAGCUGGUUCCCCUUGGCCGCAGCCGCAUCCUGAGGUGGGCCGGCGGCGCCGCCGAGCGCGCUGAGGGGGUGGGCGGGGCCAUGGCUCACAGCGCCCUGUGGCUGCCCGAGGGGGCCACCUGCAUCUGCCCUGGCCUGGACCCUUCAAAGGUGGCUGGGGAGGGCGGGCGGCCGAGGAAGGAGGAAGUCCCAGGGAGAGGGGAGGGUAAGAGUGGGCUGCCCAGUGGAUGGUACCUGGGUCUGGCUCAGCCCGAAGAGGGACGGCUGGUUCUGACGCGGCUGGUGAAAUGGAGCCGAGAGGACAAGGAGCUGAAGAAGUUCAUACGCUCUAUUCUUAAACAGUCAUGCUUGGCUCCAUAGAGAGGCGCGGACACGUUUGUUGGUUGCAUGCCAAUCCUGCUUUUCUUGACAUGUAAUUAUGCUGUGCAAUUUAAUUUAUGAUUAUGUCUUUUUUUUACUCAAGUGACUCAAAAAUGCUUAACUGUUUUGACUGCUGGAAAGACGGAUAUGCGAUUACAAUAAAUUGCUGUGUAUUCAAGUACACUGUAUAAAUAUCUACAUUGAAAGAGUUAUUGACCUAAAAUGGAUAUUGUCAAUGAAACAGUUUGUAUCAAUAGCCUCUCUGACCUUCUUAUUGUUACAUCUCUUGACAACAACAAAUAAAAUAAAAAAGAGUCGACAAGA